GAUAGAAAUUCUAAUUGUAUUAUUAAUUAAAAUAUUGUUAUUGUAUUCUUUUUUUAACCGGUGACUCGACGCUAUCACGUGAUCACACAACCCAGCAAUGACCUCUCCUGCUAGCUAACGCUGGCUGGCCGGGAUAUCUUAACAAAUAUCUCAUUGUCGCCGAGUAAAUUUCAACAAUGGGCCAGACGAAGAAAGAAGAAGAUUACGGAUACGACUUAUUCCCGGAGAGGAACGCCGGGAAGUACAAGAAGGGCUCCAUCGCAGAGAGCCUGUUCACUUUCAACCACAAGUGUCAGGUCAUGUUACAGUUAGCCGUGGAAACCAGUCCAUAUGCCAAGCUCCUCCUCAGUGCCAUGAAAAACUCUGGAUGUCAAGUGUUUAAAGACCGCCAUUUUGCCUGCGAAGAUUGCGAUGGGACGGUCAGCGGUGGAUUUGACGCAGCGACGUCCCAAAUUGUCUUGUGUCAGAAUAACAUCCACCAGCAGUCUCACAUGAACCGAGUGGUCACGCACGAGCUCAUCCACGCCUUUGACCACUGUCGGGCCCACGUAGACUGGUUCAACAACUUCAGACAUUUAGCGUGUUCUGAGAUUCGUGCCGCGAACCUCAGUGGCGAUUGCUCCUUCUCCAACGAAUUGGCCCGAUUCCACUUUGGAAUGAAGCAGCAUCAUCAGGAGUGCAUCCGAGGCCGUGCCGUCCGCUCCAUCCUGGCUGUGAGGAAAAUCAGCCGCGAGGAGGCUGAGAAAAUCGUGGACGAGGUCUUCGACACGUGUUUCAACGACCACGCACCGUUCGGACGGAUCCCGCACAGCAAGAAGGACGCUAAAUUUGCCAACAGGGAUUAUGAGAACCGCAAUCGGUAUUAUGCAAAUCUUUAGUACCAUAUUCAAAGUUCUGGUGGAUUUUUUUUCCGGGGCCGUGUGUUGCCGAUUAUGUUCCUUCAAAAAGGAUUGUCAGGAUGGGAGUCGUCCUCGGAGCAAGAAACAUUCAUUGUCACUUUUUGGACACUAAUUCUGUAUAAAGGGAUCAAAAGUAGUCAUUGUGGAAGCCAAUUAUAUGACGACGUUUUUUUUUUUGUUUUUGUUUUUUUGUUUGUUUUGUUUUUUAAAUUAAAGUGUGCGAAUGGCACUUUUAUGUACUUUUGCAGUGAGUCAAAGUCAAAGCCAAGUCAAAACUUCUUCAUAGUCUUUAAUAUCCAACUUUUACCAUAAAAUGAAACAAGUUCUCCAUCAAUGUGCUUGUUCCAGUCUUGCUGUAAAAAGUCAUUGGCGACAUCUUCCAUUGGACAUUAGCAUUUUAAAGAAUCCCAUAUCAUUCCGCACAGACUAAUGAAAGGCUGAAAAAAGUGAUUAGAGGAAUUAGCCUCAUAAUCCCGCUCCAUGAUCCUCAUCCUCUUCUUCUAUCUCAAAGACGACACCCUCUGCAUCCUAAUAGCAAUGUCACUUGGCUGAGAAAUAGACUCCAAACUCUCAUUUAAAAAAAAAAAACAACACACAAGGCAAAAAUGAUUAGGUUUGACUUAAAGGAGCUUAGUGAGAAGAUUUCGACAAGCUCCUUCAGAAAUGAAAAUACCAGGAGGAGAAUGAUAUUCCUCCGGAUUACUUGACUAAACAAUUCAUGCAAAACAGCAGAUUUACCACUGGAAUUGCAAACAUAUCAAAUGCUUUCUAUUAAACACAUAUGUUUAACUCUGACACCCCAAACUUCAGAUGCGUUAUGCUUUGUUGCGUUUUGAAGCUUGGAUCACAUUAUAGUGCUAUUUACAAGUCUUGAAGUCUAUUAUUAUAAGAUUUAAAAUGUAUUCAUUC